AUGUUCAUAGUCGAAAUUUAUUUUCUUUUUUUUCUACCAUUAUCAGUUGAUAGUCAACGAUAUUAUGCAUUUGUUGAAACUUUAUUUGUUAUUGAUCGAAAUUAUUUUCCAGCAUUAUCAGAAAUAUCUUAUGAUGAUUAUAUACGUACAAUUGUUGAUACAACAAAUAUUGUAUUUCAAUCACAAAAUGAUAUUGAUAUUAAAAUAGAAAUAAUCAUUUCAAAUAUAGUUUAUUUAAAUAUUGUUCAACCAAAAUCAUUAGAACCAUAUGCAUACGAAUCUAUUCUUAGACAAUCCGUAUCUGAUUAUGAUAGGUAUGAUUCAAUUGUAUUGCUUUGGUAUCAACCUUGGGAAGGACCACAAGGUGCUCAAGGUUAUGCUAUAUUAAAAGGAGCUUGUCAUCCAAGUUAUAAAAUCAUGUAUGUACUUCCAUAUCAAAAUGCAGCAUUUUAUCUUGCUCAUGAAUUUGGUCAUCAACUUGGACUUAAUCAUCAAGUUGAUACUGCAUGUUUUACAACAUCUUAUAUGUCAGUUAUGACAAAAUCACAUACAGCUUCAUAUGAACAAGCGCGUUGGACAAAAUGUGAAAAUAAUUGGAUUAAUGAAAAUAUUUGUCUAUUCGAAUGUCUAUUUAAUAAACCAGAUAAUUAUCAACCAAUUAAAAACAAAUAUUCAACAUUGCCUGGAAAACGUAUGAAUAAUGAUCAACAAGCAAAAAUGAUUGAACCUAAUCUACAAAGUCUAGGAGAAGUUUCAUCUUUUACAUUCAUGCCAUCUGAUGUAGCUAGUCGUUGUUUAUAUUUACGUUAUUAUAUCGGAGGAUCGAAUGGUGAAUAUAAAUAUGCUUAUAGUCCGAUGUUACCAGGUUCAGAAUGUGGUGAAAAUUUAAUAUGUUAUCUUGAUAAAUGUGUUUCAAAGAAUGAUAUUGAUCCAUCAUUAUUUAAUAAUGAUUUUGAUACUGAAAUACUUUAUUUAAAUACACAUUGUAGUUCUGGUAAUAAUCCUAAAGAAUUAGCAGCUCAUAAUCAUGAUUUACAUCAUGGUAUUGAAUGUAUUGAUUGGGAAAAUGAUUUUCUAUGUGAACCAUCACAAAGAUGUCCAAAAGUUGAUGAUUCAAGUACACUUGAUCUUUAUAUAAAACAUGUAUGUUGUGCAAAAUGUUCACCAAAAGUUGAUGGAUAUGAUCUUGCAUAUAGUGGAGAUAUACAAGGUGGUGCAUUAGGAGGCUUUUCAAGUUAUGAAAGCACAUCUACAGCAGGACUUGGAGCUGGAGCUGGUGAAGUAGUUCUAGGCAAUAGUGGUGGAUAUUAUUCAUCAUCAUCAUCCCUUGGUGGUCUCGGUCUGCAAGGCGCUUCUGGUGCAUUAUUGACCAGUGGUGAUGCUAGUGGUGGAUAUUACUCAUCAUCAGCAUCAUCUAUUGGUGGUGGUGCUUAUGAUUUUGGUGGUUUCGAACAACAAGCAGCUUCUGGAGCAACACAUUAUGCAGCAGAUGCUCAAGGUCUCUAUCAAGAUCCUAAUCCUCAAAUUAUUCGUCGACCAGCACCAGGUGGUGCACAAACAUAUACUCAACGAGUUUUAGUUAGAUUUUUACAACCACCACAAGUUCCUCCACCAGGUCCUCUUAUUAUUAAAGAAGUUCGUCCACCUCAACCACCACCACCACCACCACUUUACAUUCGACAACGUCCACCUCCAGCACCAAUAUUGCCACCUAUUGUUAUUCGUGAAGCUCCACCUAAAAUGCCACCACCAGUAGCCACACAAGUGAUUACUAAGCUGCUUCCAGCAAUGCCUGUACCACCUCGUUCGGUCAUUAUCGAACGUUUACCACCUCUUCCUCCUAAACCACGUGAUAUUAUUGUCGAACGUUGGUUACCAUAUCGAGUUCAACAAAAACGUCGUGUCAUUAUUCAACGAGCUCCACCUCCAGUAAUCCCAAAACCACGUAACAUCAUCAUUUAUUAUGAACCACCUAAGGCUCAAGUUGUUCGUCGAUUUAUCAAUAUGGGUGUUGAACGUGCUAAUCCAGCUGAAUACGUCGCACGUUAUGGAACUCAACUAGAAGAUGCUCACUCACUUAUUACACAUGCUCGACAAGCUGGUGUUGUUGAAGACAUUACACCACCAGGUGGCGCACUAUCUAGCUUUCAAUCAGCUGGCUACGGAAGCUAUCAAUCAAGUGGUCUUGGUGCUGGUGCUGGUGCUGCUGCAUACAAUGUUAGUGGUGGCCUUUCGGCAGUAGGAGGUGCUGGCUAUGAAAUUGCCGGUGGUCUUUCGACACUCGGAGGUGCUGGUUAUAGUUUAGGUGGUAGUGCUGGCUAUGGUGUACUUGGUAGCACUGGCGGCUACAGUAGCAGUUUUGAAUCCUCAACUGGUGAUUUGGGUCUUUCGGGUUAUGGAACUGGUCUUGGCGGCGGCAGUAGUAGUUAUGAAACAUAUUCAUCUGAACAAAUAUACGGUUAA